AUGAUCGGAUGGGGCAAUCUGAACGGCAUCGUCUCGUCGAACAUCUACCGCACGGAGGACGCACCGCGGUUCUAUCCCGGGCAUGGGGUGGUGCUGGCGUAUCUGGUUCUGUUUUUGCUGGGCGGCUCGGUGACGCAGUAUCUGUUGCUGCGGAAGGAGAAUGCGAGGCGGCGGCGCGGGGAGCGCGAUCAUCGGGUGGAAGGGUUGAGUGCGGCUGAGGUUGAGGACAUUCCGUUCGGUCCGUCUUGAUUGGGAUUAUGAUUCGUUCCCUAGUUCGCGUUCGCGUUUCCGAGUCGUUGAAUAAGGUAGAAGUGGCGACGAAGCGGAGAUGUAAGCGUUGCCUGGAUAAGGACUGAUGGGAGAAGGUUCAGUUGGAAGGAGCUGUUG